AUGCUGCUCGGCACGGACCUGAUCAGUGGAGUGAUCCGCUCGCCAUAUAGUUUUGACAUCCCCCACGCCUUUAUCUUCAACGUAUCGGUGCCCAAGUUCUGUGGUCCCUACAUGGAGAUAGUGAAGCACUUCGCUGAGGUGUACCACUACCAGCUGUUUCUCGAUCCUCUCGAGAGGUUGCCCAAGAAAUCGGUGGUGGAACAGGACAUUAUCAGCGGCAAGUACAACCUAUCGCUCCAUGGGGUUAUCAUUCGGCCAGAGGUGACCAGUGAGUUCUUUAACGUCACGCAGCAUAGCUAUCCGCUGGAGCUGAUGACGAACUGCGUAAUGGUACCCCUUGCUCCCGAGCUGCCCAAGUGGAUGUACAUGGUGUGGCCGCUGGGCAAGUACAUCUGGACAUGCCUCUUCCUCGGCACCUUCUAUGUCGCGCUCCUGCUGAGGUAUAUGCACUGGCGGGAGCCAGGGAAUGCUACCCGAUCGUACACCAGGAACGUGCUUCACGCCGUGGCCCUUUUGAUGUUUAGUGCCAACAUGAACAUGUGCGUGAAGCUGAAGCACGCCUCGAUUCGCGUCAUAAUCUUCUACACGCUACUCUACAUCUUUGGUUUCAUCCUGACCAAUUACCACCUCAGCCACAUGACGGCCUUCGGUAUGAAGCCGGUGUUUCUGCGGCCCAUCGACACCUGGUCGGAUCUGAUCCACUCGAGACUACGCAUCGUUAUCCACGACUCGCUGCUGGAUGAGCUGCGCUGGCUGCCGGAUUACCAGGCCCUGCUGGCGAGUCCAUCGCGUUCCUACGCCUAUGUGGUCACCCAGGAUGCCUGGUUGUUCUUCAACCGACAGCAGAAGGUGCUCAUCCAGCCGUACUUCCACCUGUCCAAGGUGUGCUUCGGCGGUCUCUUCAACGCCCUGCCCAUGGCCUCCAAUGCCAGCUUUGCCGGCUCCCUGAACAAGUUCAUUCUGAACGUUUGGCAGGCGGGUUUGUGGAACUACUGGGAAGAGCUAGCCUUUCGGCAUGCCGAGCAGGCUGGCUACGCGAAAGUUUUCCUGGACACAUAUCCGGUGGAACCACUAAACCUGGAGUUCUUCAGCACGGCAUGGAUUGUCUUAUUCGCGGGAAUCCCCAUUAGUUCGCUGGCUUUCUGUUUGGAGCGCUUUAUCCAUCGACGAAAGCAAAGACGUCCUCAGUAUGAACGAUUUGAGUGCUACGAUUACUAA